AUGGAAUUAACUUCAUCUUCGCAUACAAGUCUCGCUGGAAAUCUUGCUUUGAUUGGCUUCACUUUUGGUGAAGCUCUGGUGACCAUUUUUGCCUAUCUGGCUCGUGAUUGGCUACUUCUCAAAUGGAUUAUUAGUGGUUAUUUUGCUCUUGUUUUACCAUAUCUUUAUUUUGUUCCCGAAUCACCUUAUUGGUUAUUUAGUAGGAAAAACUACAAUCAACUUGAACAUUGUCUCAAUAAAAUAGCCACAAAGAAUGGUCGUACACAUGAUCAAUGGCAUCCAUAUUAUAUUCAGUUGAUUCAAGAUCCUGAUAUUGCCGCGCGGCAAGCUAAACAUGCAGCUCGAACAACUAAGGAAAAGUUUCUAAAACAUGUGCCUCUAUUGAUUCUUUGUGGAUUGAUCGGUUUUGUUACUAUGCUUUUGUAUAUCAAAAUUUCAUAUGGACUCAGUGCCAUGAACGAUGCAGUGAGUCCAUAUUGGAAUACCAUCAUUGGUGCAGCCGUGGAAGGUAUUGGAUAUCUAAGCGUUAGUAUUUUGAUUACUACACCACUUGGAAGAAAGUAUACAUUGAUGAUCUAUUUGUUGUUUACAUCAAUAUGUGUUUUAAUAAUUCCAUUCACUACGAAGCCACUUCCUAUCGUUACUGUUGUUAUUUCACAGAUAGGAAAACUGACGAUCAGUGGUGCUGUAUCGAUAACUUGGGUUUAUGUUCCAGAGAUGUUUCCAACAUCUAUGCGUGGUUUAGCCAACGGUGUGUUUGUGUUUGUCGGACGUUGUGGAGCUAUUAUAGCGCCAAUCAUUGAUGCUGCUGUCAGUGAAGAGAAAUUAAAAAUUACAUUUUAUGUUUAUGCCUGUUUGACAAUUAUUUUGACUGGUAGUAUCUAUUUCCUAGCUGAAACACGCAAUCGAUCAUUUCACACCGAUGAAGAUGAAGAAAAAAGUGAAAAUGAUGAUAAACCACAAGCCGACAAUGAUAACGAGAACAAAAAUGAAAUAGCUAUGAAGUGCAUGAGAAUACCAACGAUUUUUCGAAGUAAUCGAAUCGAUACUCUACAGAGUGCAUUCUAA